AUGCCGAAAAAGCCACCACGUAACGCUUUUUAUUUUUUCAUGGUGGAUUUUAAAGAACAACAAAGGAAAAAGGGGAUUCAUUAUGGGAAUAUGGCAGAGGUAGCAGAAGCGGCUGGUCCAGUUUGGAGGGAUGCGCCAACUUCUACCAGAGCAAAAUUUGAAGAUAUGGCUAAAAAGGCUAAGCAGAAGUAUAAUGUUCCUGAAAUGAAAUACACAAGCACAGGUAUAUCUCUUGCUGAAUUAGAACAACAAGAAAGAGAAGCUCGUGAGGCACAAGAAGCCGAGCUGGAGGAUAUUAAGAAUCUAGUCACACUUAACUUUGUUAAAGGAAGCAUAUGCACUGAAGACUUCUAUCUCAUGGAUGUUAACUUUUACUGCAAGGCUGGUACUCACUACAUUAUAGGAGAGAGCACCGUGUUGAGAUUCAAUCUAAAGGAUGGAAUUAAGGAUAACUACCAUGAAAUUAUUAACCCAGGUUCAAUACCAACAGGUUAUGCACAUGAUGUGAAAUUGGGUAGCCAAGAGCUUGGCCUAGAGAUGCCAGACGAAAGUGUGCCCCGCAGCAACUAUAUCCAGAUCCUGGCAACCAUCAUUGAUUACCUGAAGCAGAAGGACAGUCACUCCAACAUUCUGCCACCAAUAUUCACAAUGCCUGACAAAGUCUUGCCUGUGCAGGAUUUCUUUCUGCAAAUGUGUAGCAGAGCUGCUGAGGAUGAAUCUCUCUUCCGUAUUUAUAAGCUGGACACGCUGUUCUAUCACCUGAUCAAUGCAAUCAAAACGCGCGGGAACGAGGGUUUCCCUAAGGAAUCCCUAGCACUGACGCAACUCAAGAAGGAUCUCUUUAGAUAUACUCCAGGCUUAGGUUGUGAGCAUCAUGAAGAAGCGGAUAAAUCGGUGGAAUGCACACUCUCGAAAGUGAAACGUUUGGCCUUCACCAUAUUAGACAGUUGCUGCCCCAUUGCCGGAAUUGAUGUGGUGCCUGGAAAGCAUUUACCCUUUGACUAUGAUAUGGAUGGUAUACUGUCCAUCAAGGAGCAGAAGAAAGGAAGACUUGCAGCUUCAAUUGCUGGUCUGCCGGGUGUAUCGUCUUCCAACAGCUCAGUGAUUAAUGAAUCCUUCCAUGAAUCUAGUCUUGCUGAAUCAAAUGUUGUCAAAAAGGAGAGGAGAGUGCAUGAGCCUUUGCGGAUGCCAAAAACAGAUUACACCCAGAAAGCUCGCCUGGCUCCUGACUUAACAGAAUCCAAUUUCCCGAAGCUGACUGCUGGACACGGAAGAGGACGAGGUUUAUCUGGCAGCUUCGGUAAAUUGAAACUUGACAAAUAA